CUGUAUACUGCCUCCGGAGCUGAGGGGAUUCGGCCAAAAUGGCGGACUCGCAGCCGUCUAGUGUUGGAGAGGAGCCGGAGACAGAGAAGGAGGAUAAGGGCAGCGUCCAAAGGACUAGAGUUGAGAAACCUGGGGACAUCGGCGGGUUGACGGAGACGCUACGAUUUGACGAUAAAAAGAGCAGCGGUAAAGACAAGAAGCGAAACCUGUCAGACCUGUCCUUGGUCAGGUUCAUACGAACUGAGCUGACCCGAGGUUACUUCCUGGAACACAAUGAGGCCAAAUACACAGAGAGGCGGGAGAAGGUGUACACCUGCCUUCGGAUCCCUAAGGAGUUGGAGAAGUUGAUGACUUUUGGCUUCUUCCUGUGUCUGGAUGCGUUCCUCUAUGUCUUCACCCUGCUGCCCCUCAGAGUUCUGCUGGCCCUGUUGCGGCUUCUCACACUGCCAUGCUGUGGACUGAGUGGCUCUCGCCUGCUGCAGCCGGCGCAGGUGUGCGACGUGCUGAAGGGCUUCAUCAUGGUGCUGUGCUACUGCAUGAUGAGCUACGUGGACUACUCCAUGAUGUACCACCUCAUCAGGGGCCAGUCCGUCAUCAAGCUCUACAUCAUUUACAACAUGCUUGAGGUGGCGGACCGGCUGUUCUCUUCCUUCGGCCAGGACAUCCUGGACGCCCUGUACUGGACGGCCACUGAGCCCAAGGAGAAGAAGAGGGCCCACAUCGGAGUCAUCCCCCACUUCCUCAUGGCUGUGCUCUACGUCUUCCUCCAUGCCCUCCUCAUUAUGGUCCAGGCCACCACCCUCAACGUGGCCUUCAACUCCCACAACAAGUCCCUGCUCACCAUCAUGAUGUCCAACAAUUUUGUGGAGAUCAAAGGAAGCGUCUUCAAGAAGUUUGAGAAGAACAACUUGUUUCAGAUGUCAAACAGUGACAUCAAGGAGAGGUUCACCAACUACAUCCUGCUGCUCAUCGUCUGCUUGAGGAACAUGGAGCAGUUUUCCUGGAACCCUGACCACCUGUGGGUUCUCUGUCCCGAUGUCAUCAUGGUCAUCGCUUCCGAGGUUGCCGUGGACAUCAUCAAGCACGCCUUCAUCACCAAAUUCAAUGACAUCAGCGCUGACGUAUAUGGAGAGUACCGAGCCAGCCUGGCCUUUGAUCUCGUGAGCAGCCGACAGAAAAACGCGUAUACAGACUACAGUGACUCAGUCUCCAGGAGAAUGGGCUUCAUCCCUCUUCCUCUGGCUCUACUGUUGAUCAAAGUGGUGAGCAGCUCGGUGAAGAUCAAGGGCUCCCUGUCCUAUAUGUGUGUGCUGCUGUUUUAUUUAGGGAUGAUCACCCUGAAGGUGUUGAAUAGCAUCGUCCUGCUGGGCACGUCGUGUGCGUUCGUCAAGCAGGCCAACAUGGAGGAGAAGCUGUUCGAGCCCCCGCCCUCCGUCGCCACCAGCCGGGUCAACUCCAGAGCCCACCGCGCCAAACACCCCCACACUGCACCCCCACAAGAUCCGGCGGCGGAAAAGGGGGGGGCAGUGCCUACAGCUGACCUAUCGCAACCCGCCCACCCGUCAGCAGGCCCCGCCCCCACGCUGCCUACCAGCCCGUCGGACACGUUCCUGACCACGCCGGACGAGGACGAGGAGGACGACCACCACCGCGGCCGCCACCAGAUGGCCGGCGCGGACACGGGACCAGAGGAGGAGGGCCUCAAGCCCAGGACUCACAAGAAGGACCUGCUGGAGAUAGACCGCUUCACCAUCUGUGGCAACCGCAUCGACUGAGGGCCCAUCACGGCCGCGCUGCAGUCAGCCCAACGGUUCAGGGAUCCUACACACACACACACACACACACACACACACACACACACACACACACACACACACACACACACACAGGGCCCGUCCAGGAGCGCACAGGCACGGACUCACUCCAGCGCGGCGAGUCCCUGGGUUAUUUAUUUGAUAUAUUUAUUACCGACGAGACGACUGCCUUUAGCGCUGUCAGAGGGACAAGCCGUGAAGCCGCCGCCGCCGCUGCGCACGACGUCAGCUGAAAGGACUACAGGGGUCGGUUGACGCACGCCCACGUCCCCGGAAAAACCGCACGGAAGGGGCGUGGCCUUGGUUGCUAUGACAACCCGAGGCCAGCAAAAGCUGAAGAGGCAUGGAGGCAUGGAAGGAGGGAGGGGGGGGGGGGGGGGAAUGGGGAUACAGGUGGGCGGAGCUCUGAACAACAAAAAAAAGUAGAUGUUUUAUAUGUUGGAGAGGACAGCCACAAAUGUGAAACUGUGUGAUGUGCUGUGCUUGUAAGCUGUUGCAGCUGGACUGUGCGAGCAAGUGUUCCAAAGCACAAUCAUGGGUUGGCUUGGCACUUUUUUAAUGUGUUUUUUUUUUAUUGUUUUUAUGAGAGAAUCAUCAAACUUUUUGUAGGAUCAUUCAUGUAAAGAGAGUCUCGCAUCAUCAUACUUUGUAAUAAUUUUUCCAAAUAACUGACUGAUGAAGUUACGGGUAGUUCCAAACAAGCUAUCAAAAAUAUCAACACCUAUAUCGCAUUUUGAAUCCUUAGGGUACCUAGUUAGUGAAUCAUGGAUACAUUGUUGAGCCUAAUUUGAACAUGCUUUUCAAGGUUUUUCAUAUUUCACUUUGAAUAUUGCUUUGAAGAACCAGUCAUUUCUGGAGGCAAAUUUUCUAUGAUUUUGAAUUGUCUUCAAUCAUGUUUAAGCUAAUCUUUUUAUUUUAUAAGCUUUUUUAUUGUUAUUAUGGGUAAGAGCUGAAGUCUUCAACACCUUAAUAAUAACAUAAAGCUAAGCCAAUUUGUGUGUGUGUGUGUGUGUGUGUGUGUGUGUGUGUGUGUGUGUGUGUGUGUGUGUGUGUGUGUGUGUGUGUGUGUGUGUGUGUGUGUGUGUGCGCAAGAAUGCAUGGAUGGAUCUCACCAAAAAAGGGGAACGUUUUCUAUCUCUUUACUCUAUCAACCCAUCUGUGCAAGUCCUCUUACACAGAGCAGAAGAAUAAUAAAAAAUGUGAUCUUUGCUUUUGA